AUGUUAUAAUUACCUAUUAAUAAUAGAACACCAGGAUAAAAUUUUAGUUUUAACUAGUUUGCCUCUACACCUAAUUCUCCCGAUAGAAACACACCGAGCACGAUAAAGGAUUAUAUAAAAUAUCGAUAACGAAAUUUGCUGGACUUUGUUAAAAGUCGAUUAUAGAGUCGGCAAAAUAGUCCGAAAAACCUUUUUAAGGUGGAUCUAAUUUAGUUUGCGAAAAAGAAGUAUGACAGCAUGCCCAGUCCCAUAAUGGGGGAACAUAAAUUUUUAUCAACUUAAAGAUCGAUUGGUGACUCGAUUCAGAUUGUGAAUGGGCAGGGAAUGACUGAAGAUACAUUAUUUGAUGAAAUAAUUGAUUUGGAGAAUGCGAUUAAUUCGAAUGGAUACGAGAAGAAGUUGAUGGGAUCUUAGAAACAAAUAAAUCAUUCAAUCAUGAAGAAGGAAGUAACUGAAGAUGGUUAAGUGAAAAUUAAUCAAUACACGAUAUUGCAGGAGCUUGGCAAGGGGUCAUUUGGGAAGGUGAAAUUGGCAAAGGACAACAAUAGAAAAUAUGUAAGAAAUUCAGAAUUAUGAUAAUAGGCAGUGAAAAUAUGUGAUAGGAAGAAGCUAAAAUUAAGGUUACUGUCAAGCAAAAUGGAUGCUUAUUCAUUGUUAGACAAAGAGAUUGCUAUAAUGAAGAAGGUGGAUCAUGAAAACAUAGUGUAACUGUAUGAAGUUAUUGAAAAUCCGAAUAACGAUAAAUUGUAUUUGGUCUUGGAAUACAUGGACGGACCUUAACUCUUAUCAAUUAAAAAUAAGAACAUUGAGACAAUUUGGAGGUUGUUUCGAGAUUUCAUGUUGGGACUAGAAUAUCGUAUAUAAUACAAAAAUAUAAGUGCAUAAUUUCGCGAAUAUUGCCCAUAUGGACAUUAAACCUGAAAAUCUACUAUUGAACUAGGAACUGAGGUUGAAAAUAGCUGAUUUCGGAGUCUCUCAAAUUAUGGAUGACGAUUUGGUCAAAACUAAAAUUGGGACCUCAGCCUAUCAACCUCCAGAAGUAUUCACUGAAGACCAAGUAAGAGGCAAGCCAAUCGAUGUUUGGGCUGCUGGGUUGACUUUGUAUCAGUUAGUUUAUAAUGAGCACCCUUUUAUUUCGUUAAGGCAAGAUCAAUUGAAGAAUAACAUUCUCACUCAAAACAUCAAGUGGAGGGAGACCUCAGACUUAACAGAUUUGCUCAAGAGAAUGCUAGACAAGAAUCCCAACAAUAGAAUUACAACCUAACAAGUGUUAGUAUCUUUAUUGAGUUAUUUCAGGAACAUCCAUGGGUGACCAAAAAUGGUCGGUUCCCUCUAAAAAAUGAGUACCAGGGCAAUUUCUGUGUUACUGAGAAUGACAUUCAUAAUGCCAUCACAAGAUUGUCCUUCAAUAUGGCUAUUAGAACUUUAAAUAAAUUGAAAUAGAAGCUAAAUUAAUCUCGCUAGCGAUUAAAAUAAAGAAAGGCUUAGGAAUCAUGA